GGAAGGGGAGGACGAGGAGGAAGGGGAGGACGAGCAGCAGUUCUUGGACGCUGAGGAGAUGUGCGGCGGCCUGCUGCUCCCACGCUGCCUCCCCGCCCGACGCACGGUUAUAAUUGCCGAUGAGUACUCCCAGAAAGAAUUUAAGGUACAUGGACGUCUUCCUUUGGUGGAUCCUUGGUGGAGAAUGAAGGUGGAGGUGAAACGUGUGGGAUCAGAGUACCUGAUACAGGGUUACCCAUCCUACUUUUUACAGACUCAUAUACCGGCCAACACAGAAUCCAUUUUUUCACUCUUUCUUCACAACUGUGGUCUUUCGGGUGAUUUUAGAGCUGAGUUUUUGAAGUGGGUUUCGGAAGCGUCAGAGCUUCCAUAUCCGAACUUCAAAAGUUUCGUAAAAGCCCUACGUGAGUUUGAAAUUGACCGUCUUCUAGAAGAAAGCAAAUCACAGAAGAAACCUGGCAAUUUGCAGAAUGAAUUCCGGGGCCCUUUGUCUUACGAGAAAACAAUUGUUUAUUCGACCGCAAUGAUAGCUCUGAAGUUUCCAAAGAUAUUGGAAUUUCUGCCGAUCCUUCUACCGAGCAUCUUUGAGAACCUCUUGAGCUCAGGAUAUCCUGAACCCAUGUUUGAAAAAAUGCAAGAAACCUUGGAUUCGGAGCCUUGGAAGUUUGGAUUCAGUAAAAUAACCUACAGGGAAUUUGGCCUCGUCGGAUGCGAGGCAACGUGGACGGCCCUCUGUCAGUGUAAAGUUCUCCUCCAGAAGAUUCCCGUUCUCCAGAAGAACGCAUUAAUCACGUACACCAAACUGAAGCAGAACUGUAGCUACUAUGGGGACACCUACGUGGAGCAAGACAGACUCACCAGAGAACUGUCUAACCAGAUGGCGGUACAGGAUACCUGGCACGCCCUGGAAUUUUUGAGAGAUCACGGGAUAAUUGUCUGCGAAAAGGAACGGGUCGCCCUGUGGGACCUUCACCAGGCCGAAAAGGACAUCGCCUUUUACGUCGACCAUCUCCUGAAGAUCCCCGCCUGUCAUCUAGGAGUCGACGUAAAGGAAGUCCUGAGAUCCGGGCCGAGCCAGAAGGCCGAGAGGGCAGAUGGUGACGACCCUCAUGAGAGGGGUCCCAUGAAUGGCGCUCUAGAGGUCCGGGCCGUGGGUGGCAGUCCUCCCGGGUGCGAGGGCGAUGCAGGCGGAGAAGCCGAGGGGGACGUCGAGGUGGACGAGGAUCAGCAGAGCGCUCUGGAAAUGAUCUGCUCGAACCCCGUGACCGUCGUGAGCGGCAAAGGAGGCUGCGGGAAGACGACGAUCGUCAGCCGGCUCUUCAGUCACAUCAGGCGGAAGGUGGAACUCGAAGUCCAGAAGGCUUGCGAAGACUUCGAGUCGGACCAGGAUGUGCCCGAAGAAUGGAAGGUUUUCAGCGAUCACCGCCAAGGCGAAGAGCUUUCUAUGGAUAAGUACGUCGAGGUUUUACUUACCGCCCCUACUGGGAAAGCAGCCGGGCUGCUGAGACAGAAAACUUCCCUUCACGCGUACACCCUGCAUCAGGUCAAUUACAGCUUCUACGCUUGGAAGCGAAGCGACUCUCCACUGCCUUGGAAGUUUUCUUCAGUGAGGGUUCUCGUGGUGGAUGAAGGGAGCUUGGUGUCAGUCAUGACCUUCAGAUCGGUUUUAAAGUUACUGUGUCAGCAUGCCCGGCUGGUUAAGCUUAUUAUUCUUGGCGAUGUCAGGCAGCUCCCAAGCAUUGAACCUGGCAACUUACUAAUGGACAUGUUUCAGGCUUUUAAGUUAAGAGGCUGUUCUAUAGAGCUGAAGACAAAUCACCGAGCAGAAUCUCAGGUCAUCGUAGACAACGCCACAAGAAUCUCUGAACGAAAGCUCCCAGACUUUGAUGCAGAGGUGGAAAUAUUCCAAGGUCUCCCAAAGCCAUUCCCAAGUGAAGACAAAAGAUUUGUUUUGAUUCUUCUGCCUGCAGAUGGAGGCGAUUUGUAUUCUGCCGUAAAUACUUUACUCAAAGAAGGAGCAGGCCUGCAAAGUGCCAAAGAAUCACAGUUUAUUGCGUUCAGAAGGCAAGACUGUGACCUAAUAAAUGAAUGCUGUUGCAAGCACUAUUCGAAUCACUUAACCAGAGACCAUAAAAACAAACUGCUAUUCCAGUGUGACGAUAAAAUCUGUUGCACGAGAAACGCUAACCUCAGCGACGUGAUUGAAAAAGGACCUCGUAAUUGUAAGGAAGCCGUCGCUAGCGGCGGAGACGAGAGCGUGCUCUUCAGUAACGAAGAUUCCACUGCCCCCGGUCACGGAGACGGUAAAGCCGACAGACUGUUUGAGACGGACACUCGACUGUGUAACGGAGAGAUAUUUUUCAUAACAAAUGAUGUAGUGGAUAAGACUUCAGGAAAACGCUCUUUAACCCUCGAUAACAUGGCCGGCUUGGUGGUCACUGUGGAUUUUAGAAAACUACAACGACACUGUCGUAUAAAACACGCAUGGGCAAGAACUAUUCACACAUUUCAGGGGUCGGAGGAGCAGACUGUGGUGUACGUGGUGGGCAGAGCCGGCCGUCAGCACUGGCAGCACGUGUACACGGCCGUCACCCGAGGCCGGUCGAGAGUCUACGUCAUAGCCGAGGAGGCGCAGCUCCGCCAGGCGGUCCACAGGAAGAGCUAUCCCAGAAAGACGCGCUUGAAACCGUUUUUGCAAGAAGCUUUUGCGGGCAGACACAACGGUCAGCAGGUCCCCGGGUCCCCGCCCGCCCCGCAUCCGGCCUGUUGGGGGAUCGCCCAAAGCCAGGGGUUGGCCGCGGACCCUGGCGGAGGCGAGGGGGACACGGGACAGGACCCCGUGGCCUCUGACGCAGAGGGAGAGGAGAGCGCCCUGCAGUCAAAAGGAACCAAAAGGAGCAUUGCCUUGGGCAGCCACGAGAGCCCCAGCAAAGGCAUUGUGGUGGUGGAAGCGCCAUCUCCGCUCGUAUCCAGCAAAUUUGGUAACAUGAGUCUGAAAAGCUUGCAGCCCAGGCAGCUCUUCAAAACCACAAACAAUGAAGGACAGUAAUUAUUAUUAUUUUUUAAUGGCACAAAUGAAUUAUGAUGUUUCCUUCCAUCCAGCAAAGGGCACCAUGCAGAGCCGAACCUCUACUUUGCGGACUCCCCAUACGAUGGGGCGUUUUAAAAUGGAACAUGGUUUGGGCAGGGGUGGGGUAGGGUCAUUCUGUUUUUAAUUAUGGGUCAGAAAGUAAUUCAUAGAGCGCGGAACUUUGUGCAUUUUCAGGAUUUAGGGCUGUUUUGUCAUUUAGGUAUGCGACCUUCGGCUACCUUGCGGGCAGUAGCGCUGCCCCACGUGAAUGCUUGAACAGGCUGCUCACCAGCAGGUACUUCUGGGACAGCCUGAUUGGGAGUGCAGAUCUCUGCUGCCUUCUGCAAUCCCAAACGUUGUCAUUGUAAAAGCAUUUUAAAGAAGCAUUGGUACCUGUUUGGGCAGCGACAGAAUCGUAGCUCAUUGCAAAAUAGGGCUGCCCAGCCUCAACAGGAAUACUUGCGGAGGGCUAGCAAGCGGUCAGAAAAGCCGAUCAGCCAGCUAAUGUUAAGAUUAUCUGGAUAGAAUCAGGGACGGCGUUUCUUAGCCGAUCAUCAGGUGGGUGUCAGGAUGAGCCAGUGUCCGUCUCUGGUUCGUUAAAACUUGGCCCGGCUAGCUUCAGGAGAAGAGGUGGUAAUAACAAUUGUGGUAUUUGUUAAGCGCUUACUAGGAGCCAUGCUCAGCCCCUGUCCCCAGAUGGGUUUGCAGUCUACGAAGGAGAUAGAGGAGGCAUUUUACAGAUGAGGAAACCGAGACCCAGAAAAGUAAAGUGACUUGCCCAGGGUCACGCAGCAGGUAAGGGUGAAGCUGGGAAUUCAAACUGCGGCAGUCUUGCGCUCACUCUGGGCCACGCUGCUUCUCUGUCUUGGUUCAUCUUCUAGACUUAGCAAAGGCACAACCACAGGGACUUGUUAAAGCACACAGUGUGUCAUUUUACCUUUUAGGAGUAAAACCACCUCAGUCCUCUGUGGAAAAAUACGAUUGUGUUUUAGCUGAAGUUUUGCAGGACUGCGGAACAGAGGUAAAACCCACAUAUGCUCAAAAUGAGCCAGGCUGAACUGGCUUCUGGGUUAGCCUUCUGGAUGGCUUCCUCUCACCUCCCUGCUCCCCAAGAGAAAGUUCUUGCCACUUUCUCUCCCUAAGCAACUCACGUCCCAGACGGGGGUGAGGGACUAGCACCCCAAACAUCUACUCACCCAAAUCAGGACCUGCCAGCCGUUUGCGAGGCGAGACGAGGUGAGCUUCGAAUAAAUAUGGCCAGUAACGGAGGUGCUAAGAAAUGUCUGCUUUUUUAAAAUCACCGUUUAUUCCUUUGUGUGGCUUGAUUUUUUUUUUUUCCAUACAAAUAUCUCCAACAAUGAGUUCCCCAAAACCAUACAUAAGACGAUAAAUAUCAUGCUAUUAAAGUAUUAAAUUUGUACAAAAAUACUUUACAGUUUAAUACUCGUUUGUUACAAAUAAAAAUACAUAUUUAACUGA